CCGCCCGCCACAGACCCCUGUGGCUCCCGGUGUCCAGCGCCUCUUUGGCCUCCUCCCUGUGCCCCGCCCGCGUACUCGCCUCACCGGCUCCGGCAGCCAUGGUGGCCGGCAUGCUCAUGCCGCUGGACCAGCUGCGGGCCAUUUACGAGGUGCUCUUCCGGGAGGGCGUGAUGGUGGCCAAGAAGGACCGGCGGCCCCGCAUCCUGCACCCCCACGUGCCUGGCGUCACCAACCUGCAGGUCAUGCGUGCCAUGGCCUCCCUGCGGGCGCGGGGCCUGGUGCGGGAAACCUUCGCCUGGCGCCACUUUUACUGGUACCUCACCAAUGAGGGCGUUGCUCACCUGCGCCAGUACCUGCACCUGCCACCGGAGAUCGUGCCGGCCUCCCUGCAGCGCGUGCGCCGCCCUGUCGCCAUGGUGAUGCCCGCGCGACGCACCCCCCACGUACAGACCGUGCAGGGUCCCUUGGGCUACCUGCCCAAGCGGGGGCGGCUGCCAGCCGAGGACCCUGCCCAUGAGGAGCGGAGGGUCUACCGCCGGAAGGAGCCUGAUGAGGGGGCACCUGAGCCCCCUGUGGUACCCGCCACGACCCCAGGGACCCUGGCGAGGCCUGGCCCGGAGCCUGCCCCAGCCACAGAUGAACGAGACCGUGUGCAGAAGAAAACCUUCACCAAGUGGGUCAACAAGCACCUCAUCAAGCACUGGAAGGCAGAGGCCCAGAGACACAUCAGUGACCUGUAUGAAGACCUCCGAGAUGGCCACAACCUCAUCUCCCUGCUGGAGGUGCUCUCAGGGGACAGCCUGCCAAGAGAGCGGGACAUAAUCAGGAGCUCGCGCCUGCCCCGGGAGAAGGGGAGGAUGCGUUUCCACAAGCUGCAGAACGUGCAGAUCGCCCUGGACUACCUCCGACACCGCCAGGUGAAAUUGGUGAACAUCAGAAACGACGACAUUGCUGACGGCAACCCCAAGCUGACCCUUGGCCUGAUCUGGACCAUCAUCCUGCACUUCCAGAUCUCGGACAUCCAGGUGAGCGGGCAGUCAGAGGACAUGACAGCCAAGGAGAAGCUGCUGCUGUGGUCGCAGCGCAUGGUGGAGGGCUACCAGGGCCUGCGCUGUGACAACUUCACCUCCAGCUGGCGUGACGGCCGCCUCUUCAAUGCCAUCAUCCACCGGCACAAGCCCAUGCUCAUCGACAUGAACAAGGUGUAUCGUCAGACCAACCUGGAGAACCUGGACCAGGCUUUCUCUGUGGCAGAGCGGGACCUGGGAGUGACACGGCUCCUGGACCCUGAGGACGUGGAUGUCCCCCAGCCCGAUGAGAAGUCAAUCAUCACGUACGUCUCGUCCCUGUACGACGCCAUGCCCCGCGUGCCUGACGUGCAGGAUGGGGUGAAGGCCAACGAGCUUCAGCUGCGCUGGCAGGAGUACCGGGAGCUGGUGCUGCUGCUGCUGCAGUGGAUCCGGCACCACACCGCCUCCUUCGAGGAGCGCAGGUUCCCCUCCAGCUUCGAGGAGAUUGAGAUCCUAUGGUGCCAGUUCUUGAAAUUUAAGGAGACAGAGCUUCCAGCCAAGGAGGCAGACAAGAACCGGUCCAAGGGCAUCUACCAGUCUCUGGAGGGUGCAGUGCAUGCAGGCCAGCUCAAGGUGCCCCCCGGCUACCACCCACUGGACGUGGAGAAGGAGUGGGGCAAGCUGCACGUGGCCAUCCUGGAGCGGGAGAAGCAGCUUCGGAGCGAGUUUGAGAGGCUGGAGUGUCUUCAGCGCAUCGUGAGCAAACUGCAGAUGGAGGCCGGGCUGUGCGAAGAGCAGCUGAAUCAAGCCGACGCCCUGCUGCAGUCGGACAUCCGGCUGCUGGCCACAGGCAAGGCAGCGCAGCGGGCAGGCGAGGUGGAGCGGGACCUGGAUAAGGCUGACCACAUGAUCCGCGUGCUGUUCAACGAUGUGCAGGCUCUGAAGGACGGACGGCACCCGCAGGGCGAGCAGAUGUACCGCAGGGUGUACCGCUUGCACGAGCGCCUGGUGGCCAUCCGCACUGAGUACAACCUCCGGCUGAAGGCAGGUGUCGCGGCCCCCGUGACCCAGGUGACACAGGUGACCCAGGUGACGCAGAGCGCGCAGCGGCGCCCUGAACUGGAGGACUCCACUCUGCGCUACCUGCACGACCUCCUGGCCUGGGUGGAAGAGAACCAGCGCCGGGUGGACAGCGCCGAGUGGGGUGUGGACCUGCCUAGUGUGGAGGCACAGCUGGGCAGCCACCGAGGCCUGCACCAGUCCAUUGAGGAAUUCCGGGCCAAGAUCGAGCGGGCGCGGACUGAUGAAGGCCAGCUCUCCCCGGCCAUCCGAGGUACCUACCGAGACUGCCUGGGCCGGCUGGACUUGCAGUUUGCCAAGCUGCUGAACUCCUCCAAGGCCCGUCUGCGGUGCUUGGAGAGCUUACACGGCUUGGUGGCAGCAGCCACCAAGGAGCUGAUGUGGCUGAGUGAGCGGGAAGAGGAGGAGGUGGGCUUCGAUUGGAGCGAGCACAACGCAAACAUGGCUGCCAAGAAGGAGAGCUACUCGGCCCUGAUGCGUGAGCUGGAGCUGAAGGAAAAGAAAAUCAAGGAGAUCCAGAGCACCGGGGACCGGCUGCUUCGGGAGGACCACCCUGCUCGGCCCACGGUGGAGUCCUUCCAGGCGGCCCUGCAGACCCAGUGGAGCUGGAUGUUACAGCUGUGCUGCUGCAUUGAGGCCCACCUGAAGGAGAACACCGCUUACUUCCAGUUCUUCUCAGAUGUGCGGGAAGCCGAGGAACAGCUGCGGAAGCUACAGGAGACGCUGCGCAGGAAGUACACCUGCGACCGCUCCAUCACUGUCACUCGCCUCGAGGACCUGCUGCAGGAUGCCCAGGAUGAGAAGGACCAGCUGAGCGAGUACAGGGGGCACCUGUCAGGCCUGGCCAAGCGGGCCAAGGCCAUCGUGCAGCUGAAGCCCCGCACCACCGCCCACCCCACGCGGGGCAGCACACCGCUGCUGGCUGUGUGCGACUACAAGCAGGUGGAGGUGACCGUGCACAAGGGUGACGAGUGCCAGCUGGUGGGCCCUGCGCAGCCAUUCCAUUGGAAGGUGGUCAGCAGUUGUGGCAGCGAGGCCGCCGUGCCCUCUGUGUGCUUCCUCGUGCCCCCGCCCAACCAGGAGGCCCAGGAGGCCGUCAGCAGGCUGGAGGCCCAGCACCAGGACCUGGUCACGCUGUGGCAGCAGCUACACGUAGACAUGAAGAGCCUGCUGGCGUGGCAGAAUUUUAGCCGAGAUCUGCAGCUCAUCCGCUCCUGGUCCCUGGUCACGUUCCGCACACUGAAGCCGGAGGAGCAGCGCCAGGCCCUGCGUGCCCUGGAGCUGCACUACCAGGCCUUCCUGCGAGACAGCCAGGAUGCCAGCAGCUUUGGCCCCGAGGACAGGCUGCAGGCCGAGCGCGAGUACAGCUCCUGUAGUCGUCAUUACCAGCAGCUGUUGCAGAGCCUGGAACAGGGCGAGCAGGAGGAGUCGCGCUGUCAGCGCUGCAUCUCAGAGCUCAAGGACAUCCGGCUGCAGCUGGAGGCCUGCGAGACACGCACUGUGCACCGUCUGCGGCUGCCGCUGGACAAGGAGCCCGCACGGGAGUGCGCCCAGCGCAUCGCCGAGCAGCAGAAAGCACAGGCUGAAGUGGAAGGGCUGGGCAAGGGGGUUGCCCGGCUCUCUGCCGAGGCCGAGAAGGUCCUGGCCCUGCCUGAACCAUCGCCUGCUGCUCCCACUCUCCGCUCGGAGCUGGAACUGACCCUGGGCAAGCUGGAGCAGGUCCGCAGCCUCUCCGCCAUUUACCUGGAGAAGCUCAAGACCAUUAGUCUGGUAAUCCGCAGCACACAGGGGGCUGAGGAUGUGCUCAGAGUCCAUGAGGAACAGCUCAAGGAAGCCCAGGCCGUGCCCGCCACACUCCCAGAGCUUGAGGCCACCAAGGCCGCACUCAAGAAGCUGCGGGCCCAGGCGGAGGCACAGCAGCCCGUGUUUGACGCCCUACGGGAUGAGCUGCGAGGGGCACAGGAAGUGGGUGAGCAGCUGCAGCAGCGGCACGGUGAGCGGGAUGUGGAGGUGGAGCGCUGGCGUGAGCGGGUGACCCAGCUGCUGGAGCGCUGGCAGGCCGUGCUGGCCCAGACCGACGUGCGGCAGCGCGAGCUGGAACAGCUGGGCCGCCAGCUGCGUUACUACCGGGAGAGUGCGGACCCGCUGGGCGCCUGGCUGCAGGACGCCAAGCAGCGGCAGGAGAAGAUCCAGGCUGUGCCCCUGGCCAACAGCCAGGCUGUGCGGGAGCAGCUGCGGCAGGAGAAGGCGCUGCUGGAGGAGAUCGAGCGUCACAGGGAGAAGGUGGAGGAGUGCCAGAGGUUCGCGAAGCAGUACAUCAAUGCCAUCAAGGACUAUGAGCUCCAGCUGGUCACAUAUAAGGCACAGCUUGAGCCAGUCGCCUCCCCAGCCAAGAAGCCCAAGGUCCAGUCUGGGUCUGAGAGUGUCAUCCAGGAGUAUGUGGAUCUGCGCACACGCUACAGUGAGCUGACUACGCUGACCAGCCAGUACAUCAAGUUCAUCAGUGAGACUCUCCGACGCAUGGAGGAGGAGGAGAGACUGGCUGAGCAGCAGCGGGCAGAGGAGCGGGAGCGCCUGGCCGAGGUGGAGGCUGCGCUGGAGAAGCAGCGGCAGCUGGCGGAGGCACAUGCGCAGGCGAAGGCGCAGGCAGAGCGGGAGGCGCAGGAGCUGCAGCGCCGCAUGCAGGAGGAGGUGGUGCGGCGGGAAGAGGCUGCGGUGGAUGCGCAGCAGCAGAAGCGCAGCAUCCAGGAGGAACUGGAGCACCUGCGGCAGAGCUCGGAUGCCGAGAUCCAGGCCAAGGCCCGGCAGGUGGAGGCAGCGGAACGCAGCCGGCUGCGCAUCGAGGAGGAGAUCCGCGUGGUGCGUCUGCAGCUGGAGAACACUGAGCGCCAGCGUGGAGGGGCUGAGGACGAGCUGCAGGCCCUGCGUGCGCGUGCUGAGGAGGCCGAGGCACAGAAGCGGCAGGCGCAGGAGGAGGCAGAGCGCUUGCGGCGGCAGGUGAAGGAGGAGACCCAGCGCAAGCGGCAGGCGGAGGCGGAGCUGGCCCUGCGUGUGAAGGCCGAGGCCGAGGCUGCCCGCGAGAAGCAGCGGGCCCUACAGGCCCUGGAGGAGCUGCGGCUGCAGGCCGAAGAGGCCGACCGGCGCCUCCGGCAGGCGGAGGCAGAGCGGGCCCGCCAGGUGCAGGUGGCCCUGGAGACGGCACAGCGCAGCGCCGCUGUAGAGCUGCAGAGCAAGCGUGCCUCCUUCGCGGAGAAGACAGCGCAGCUGGAGCGCACGCUGCAGGAAGAGCAUGUGACUGUUACGCAGCUGCGGGAGGAGGCAGAGCGGCAUGCACAGCAGCAGGCCCAGGCCGAGCGCGCCCGGGAAGAGGCAGAGCGGGAGCUGGAGCGCUGGCAGCUGAAGGCCAACGAGGCGCUGCGGCUGCGGCUGCAGGCGGAGGAGGUGGCGCAGCAGAAGAGCCUGGCGCAGGCGGAGGCGGAGAAGCAGAAGGAGGAGGCGGAGCGCGAAGCCCGGCGGCGCGGUAAGGCGGAGGAGCAGGCUGUGCGGCAGCGCGAGCUGGCCGAGCAGGAGCUGGAGAAGCAGCGGCAGCUGGCGGAGGGCACCGCGCAGCAGCGCCUGGCUGCCGAGCAGGAGCUGAUCCGCCUGCGGGCUGAGACGGAGCAGGGGGAGCAGCAGCGGCAGCUGCUGGAGGAGGAGCUGGCGCGGCUGCAGCGAGAGGCGGCCGCAGCCACGCAGAAGCGCCAGGAACUGGAAGCUGAGUUGGCCAAGGUACGGGCUGAGAUGGAGGUGCUGCUGGCCAGCAAGGCGCGGGCUGAGGAGGAGUCGCGCUCCACCAGCGAGAAGUCCAAGCAAAGGCUGGAAGCCGAGGCCGGUCGGUUCCGCGAGCUGGCUGAGGAGGCGGCCCGCCUGCGCGCCCUGGCGGAGGAGGCCAAGCGGCAGCGGCAGCUGGCGGAAGAGGACGCGGCGCGGCAGCGCGCAGAGGCGGAGCGCGUGCUCGCCGAGAAGCUGGCAGCUAUCAGCGAGGCCACGCGGCUCAAGACAGAAGCGGAGAUUGCGCUGAAGGAGAAGGAGGCAGAGAACGAGCGCCUGCGGCGGCUGGCGGAGGAUGAAGCCUUCCAGCGGCGCCGGCUAGAGGAGCAGGCGGCGCAGCACAAGGCCGACAUCGAGGAAAGGCUGGCGCAGCUGCGCAAGGCGUCGGAGAGCGAGCUGGAGCGGCAGCGGGCGUUAGUGGAGGACACGCUGCGGCAGCGGCGGCAAGUGGAGGAGGAGAUCUUGGCCCUCAAGGCGAGCUUUGAGAAGGCAGCGGCGGGCAAGGCGGAGCUGGAGCUGGAGCUGGGCCGCAUCCGCGGCGACGCGGAGAAUACGCUGCGCAGCAAGGAGCAGGCGGAGGUGGAGGCGGCGCGGCAGCGGCAGCUGGCGGCGGAAGAGGAGCAGCGGCGCCGGGAGGCGGAGGAGCGCGUGCAGAAGAGCCUGGCGGCCGAAGAGGAGGCCGCGAGGCAGCGCAAGGCGGCGCUGGAGGAGGUGGAGCGGCUCAAGGCCAAGGUGGAGGAGGCGCGGCGCCUACGCGAGCGCGCAGAACAAGAGUCGGCGCGGCAGCUGCAACUGGCGCAGGACGCGGCGCAGAAGCGACUGCAGGCGGAGGAGAAGGCGCACGCCUUCGCGGUGCAGCAGAAGGAGCAGGAGUUGCAGCAGACGCUCCAGCAGGAGCAGAGCAUGCUGGAGCGGCUGCGCGGAGAGGCAGAGGCGGCGCGGGGCGCAGCGGAGGAAGCUGAGGAGGCACGGGAGCGGGCCGAGCGGGAGGCUGCGCAAUCCCGGCGCCAAGUGGAGGAGGCGGAGCGGCUGAAGCAGGCGGCGGAAGAGCAGGCGCAGGCCCGGGCGCAGGCACAGGCCGCCGCCGAGAAGCUGCGCAAGGAAGCCGAGCAGGAGGCGGCGCGGCGCACGCAGGCAGAGCAGGCGGCCUUGCGGCAGAAGCAGGCGGCUGACGCGGAGAUGGAGAAGCACAAGAAGUUCGCGGAGCAGACACUGCGGCAGAAGGCACAGGUGGAGCAGGAGCUGACAACGCUUCGGCUGCAGCUGGAAGAGACGGACCACCAGAAGGGCAUCUUGGACGAGGAGCUGCAGCGCCUGAAGGCAGAGGUGACAGAGGCCACCCGGCAGCGCAGCCAGGUGGAGGAGGAGCUGUUCUCCGUGCGCGUGCAAAUGGAGGAACUGGGCAAGCUCAAGGCACGCAUUGAGGCGGAGAACCGCGCGCUCAUUCUGCGUGAUAAGGACAACACGCAGCGCUUUCUGGAGGAGGAGGCCGAGAAGAUGAAGCAGGUGGCAGAGGAGGCAGCACGGCUGAGUGUGGCGGCCCAGGAGGCCGCGCGCCUGCGGCAGCUAGCGGAGGAAGACCUGGCUCAGCAGCGGGCCCUGGCUGAAAAGAUGCUGAAGGAAAAAAUGCAGGCGGUGCAGGAGGCUACAAGGCUCAAGGCCGAGGCGCAGCUGCUGCAGCAGCAGAAAGAGCUUGCACAAGAGCAGGCUCGGCGGCUACAGGAGGACAAGGAGCAGAUGGCGCAGCAACUGGUGCAGGAGACUCAGGGUUUCCAGCGCACCCUGGAGGCGGAGCGCCAGCGGCAGCUGGAGAUGAGUGCAGAGGCUGAGCGCUUGAAGCUGCGCGUGGCUGAGAUGAGCCGGGCCCAAGCCCGGGCGGAGGAGGAUGCCCAGCGCUUCCGGAAGCAGGCUGAGGAGAUAGGUGAGAAGCUGCACCGCACUGAGCUCGCCACACAAGAGAAGGUGACGCUAGUGCAGACGCUGGAGAUCCAGCGGCAGCAGAGCGACCAAGAUGCCGAUCGCCUGCGGGAGGCCAUCGCUGAGCUGGAGCGGGAGAAGGAGAAGCUCAGGGAGGAGGCCAGGUCACUGCAACUCAAGUCCGAGGAGAUGCAGACCGUGCAGCAGGAACAGCUGCUACAGGAGACGCAGGCCCUGCAGCAGAGCUUCCUCUCGGAGAAAGACAGCCUGCUGCAGCGGGAACGCUUCAUCGAGCAGGAGAAGGCCAAGCUGGAGCGGCUCUUCCAGGAUGAGGUGGCCAAGGCACAGGAGCUGCGUGAGGAGCAGCGGCGGCAGCAGCAGCAGAUGGAGCAGGAAAAGCAACAGCUGCUGGCCAGCAUGGAGGAGGCCCGGCGGCAGCAGCGUGAGGCUGAAGAGGGCGUGCGGCGCAAGCAGGAGGAACUGCAGCGCCUGGAGCAGCAGCGGCAGCAGCAGGAGAAGCUGCUGGCCGAGGAGAACCAGAAGCUGCGCGAGCGGCUGCAGCGGCUGGAAGAGGAGCACCGGGCUGCUCUGGCACACUCGCAGGCUGUGGCCUCCAAAAUCCUGCCCAACGGCCGGGAUGCACCUGACGGCCCAGCCACAGACGCGGAGCCCGAGCACGCCUUCGAAGGUCUGCGGCGGAAGGUGCCAGCCCAGCGGCUGCAGGAGGUAGGCGUCCUGAGCAUAGAGGAGGUACAGCGCCUGGCGCAGGGCCGCACCACCGUGGCCCAGCUCUCGCAGCGGGAGGACGUGCGCCGCUACCUGCAGGGCCGCAGCAGCAUUGCGGGGCUGCUACUGGAGCCAACCGGUGAGAAGCUGAGUGUGUAUGCCGCGCUGCAGAGGCAGCUGCUGAGCCCGGGCACAGCCCUCAUCCUGCUUGAGGCCCAGGCGGCCUCAGGCUUCCUCCUGGAUCCCGUGCGGAACCGGCGGCUGACCGUCAAUGAGGCUGUGAAGGAGGGCCUGGUGGGCCCCGAGCUGCAUCAUAAGCUGCUGUCGGCCGAGCGCGCCGUCACCGGCUACAAGGAUCCCUACACCGGGGAGCAGAUCUCCCUGUUCCAGGCCAUGAAGAAGGACCUGAUCGUCAGGGAUCACGGCAUCCGCCUGCUGGAGGCCCAGAUCGCCACGGGCGGCGUCAUCGACCCGGUGCACAGCCACCGCGUGCCCGUGCACGUGGCCUACCAGCACGGCUAUUUUGAUGAGGAAAUGAACCGUGUCCUGGCAGACCCGAGCGAUGACACCAAGGGCUUCUUCGACCCCAACACACACGAGAAUCUCACCUACCUACAGCUGAUGGAGCGUUGUGUGGAGGACCCCGAGACUGGCCUGCGCCUCCUGCCACUCACAGACAAGGCCGCUAAGGGUGGUGAGCUAGUCUACACCGACUCGGAGGCCCGGGACGUGUUUGAGAAGGCUACCGUGUCCGCGCCAUUUGGCAAGUUCCAGGGCAGGACAGUGACCAUCUGGGAGCUCAUCAACUCCGAGUACUUCACGGCGGAGCAGCGGCGGGACCUGCUGCGUCAGUUCCGCACAGGCAAGGUGACUGUGGAAAAGAUCAUCAAAAUCGUCAUCACUGUGGUUGAGGAGCAUGAGCAGAAGGGCCAGCUCUGCUUUGAGGGUCUGCGUGCCCUGGUGCCCGCCGCCGACCUGCUAGACAGCCAGGUCAUCAACCGUGAUCUCUAUCGCCAGCUGCAGAGGGGCGAACGCUCGGUGCAAGAGGUAGCCGAGGUGGACGCCGUGCGACAGGCUCUGCGGGGCACCAACGUCAUCGCAGGUGUGUGGCUGGAGGAGGCGGGGCAGAAGCUGAGCAUCUACGAAGCCCUGAAGAAAGAGUUAUUGCAGCCAGAGGUGGCUGUAGCCCUGCUGGAGGCCCAGGCUGGCACCGGGCACAUCAUUGACCCCGCCACAAGCGCCCGGCUCACCGUGGACGAGGCCGUGCGCGCUGGCCUGGUGGGGCCUGAGCUGCAUGAGAAGCUGUUGUCAGCUGAGAAGGCUGUGACGGGCUACAAGGACCCGUACUCGGGGCAGAGCGUCUCCCUGUUCCAGGCCCUGAAGAAGGGCCUCAUCCCCAAGGAGCAGGGUCUGCGCCUGCUGGAUGCCCAACUGUCCACAGGCGGCAUUGUGGACCCCAGCAGGAGCCACCGUGUGCCCCUGGAUGUUGCUUGUGCCCGGGGUUACCUGGACAAGGAGACCAGCAAAGCUUUGUUGGCACCCAGGGACGACGCCAAGACCUACCACGACCCCAGUACACGGGAGCCUGUCACCUACGGCCAGCUCCAGCAGCAGUGCCGGCCCGACCAGCUGACGGGUCUGAGCCUGCUUCCGCUCUCAGAGAAGGCCGCCCGGGCCCGGCAGGAGGAGAUCUACUCUGAGCUCCAGGCCCGUGAGACCUUCCAGAAGACCACGGUCGAGGUGCCUGUGGGCAGCUUCCAGGGCAGGACAGUGACCAUCUGGGAGCUGAUCAGCUCUGAGUACUUCACAGAGGAGCAGAGGCUGGAGCUGCUGCGUCAGUUCCGUACAGGCAAGGUCACUGUGGAGAAGAUUAUUAAGAUUGUCAUCACCAUCGUGGAAGAGGUGGAGACUGUGCGGCGUGAGAAACUCUCCUUCAGUGGCCUCCGUGCCCCGGUGCCGGCCAGUGAGCUCUUGGCUGCCGGGGUCCUCAGCAGCGCUCAGUUUGAGCAGCUCAAGGACGGCAAGACAUCGGUCAAGGAUCUGUCGGAGGUGGACUCUGUGCGGACGCUCCUCCAGGGCACUGGUUGCCUCGCUGGCAUCUACUUGGAGGACUCCAAAGAGAAGGUGACCAUCUAUGAGGCCAUGCGGCGUGGCCUGCUCAGGCCCAGCACGGCCACGCUCCUGCUCGAGGCCCAGGCAGCCACCGGCUUCCUGGUGGACCCCGUGCGGAACCAGCGCCUGUAUGUCCACGAGGCCGUGAAAGCGGGCAUCGUGGGCCCCGAGCUGCACGAGAAGCUGCUAUCGGCCGAGAAGGCCGUCACUGGCUAUAAGGACCCAUACUCGGGUAACACCAUCUCCCUGUUCCAGGCCAUGAAGAAGGGCCUUGUCCUCAGGGACCACGGCAUCCGCCUGCUGGAGGCCCAGAUCGCCACGGGCGGCGUCAUCGACCCGGUGCACAGCCACCGCGUGCCCGUGCACGUGGCCUACCAGCGCGGCUAUUUCGAUGAGGAAAUGAACCGCGUGCUGGCGGACCCGAGCGACGACACCAAGGGCUUCUUCGACCCCAACACGCACGAGAACCUCACCUACCGGCAGCUAUUGGAGCGCUGUGUGGAGGACCCCGAGACCGGCCUGCGCCUCCUGCCGCUGAAGGGGGCGGAGAAGGUGGAGGUGGUAGAGAGCACGCAGGUGUAUACGGAGGAGGAGACCCGGAGGGCAUUUGAGGAGACACAGAUUGACAUCCCGGGCGGCGGCAGCCAUGGCGGCUCCACCAUGUCGCUGUGGGAGGUGAUGCAGUCGGACUUGAUCCCCAAGGAGCAGCAGGCACGCCUGAUGGCCGACUUCCAGGCCGGCCGGGUGACCAAGGAGCGCAUGAUCAUCAUCAUCAUUGAAAUCAUCGAGAAGACCGAGAUCAUCCGCCAGCAGAACCUGGCUUCCUAUGACUACGUCCGCCGCCGCCUCACCGCCGAGGACCUGUACGAGGCCCGGGUCAUCUCCCGCGAGGCCUAUAACCUACUCCGGGAGGGCACCAAGAGCCUCCGUGAGGUACUCGAGGCGGAGUCCGCCUGGCGGUACCUGUACGGCUCGGGCUGUGUGGCCGGCGUCUACCUGCCUGGCUCCAGGCAGACACUGACCAUCUACCAGGCCCUCAAGAGGGGGCUGCUGAGCGCUGAGGUGGCCCGCUUACUGCUGGAGGCCCAGGCAGCCACGGGUUUCCUUCUGGACCCAGUGAAGGGCGAGCGGCUCACCGUGGAUGAGGCCGUGCGCAAGGGCGUGGUUGGCCCCGAGCUACAUGACCGGCUGCUGUCAGCCGAGCGGGCCGUGACCGGCUACCGCGACCCCUACACGGAGCAGACCAUCUCACUAUUCCAGGCCAUGAAGAAGGACCUGAUCCCUGCCGAGGAGGCCCUACGGCUGCUGGAUGCCCAGCUGGCCACAGGUGGCGUCGUAGACCCACACCUGGGCUUCCACCUUCCCCUGGAGGUAGCCUACCAGCGCGGCUACCUCAGUGUGGACACACAUGACCAGCUGUCAGAGCCCAGCGAGGUGCGCGCCUACGUGGACCCGUCCACGGACGAGCGCUUGAGCUACACGCAGCUGCUCCGGCGGUGCCGCCAGGACGAGAAGAGUGGCCAGCUGCUGCUGCCGCUCUCAGACGCCCGCAAGCUGACCUUCCGUGGCCUGCGCAAGCAGAUCACAGUGGAAGAGCUGGUGCGUUCGCAGGUCAUGGAUGAGGCCACGGCACGGCAGCUGCAGGAGGGCCUGGCCUCUGUCGAGGAGGUCACCAAGAACCUGCAGAAGUUCUUGGAGGGCACCAGCUGCAUCGCCGGGGUGUUUGUCGAUGCCACCAAGGAGCGGCUGUCGGUGUACCAGGCCAUGAAGAAGGGCAUCAUCCGGCCCGGCACGGCCUUCGAGCUCCUGGAGGCCCAGGCGGCCACUGGCUACAUCAUCGACCCCAUCAAGGGGCUCAAGCUGACCGUGGAGGAAGCUGUGCGCAUGGGCAUCGUGGGCCCAGAGUUCAAGGACAAGCUGCUGUCGGCCGAGCGCGCCGUCACCGGCUAUAAGGACCCUUACUCUGGGAAGCUCAUCUCUCUGUUCCAGGCCAUGAAGAAGGGCCUGAUCCUCAAGGACCACGGCAUUCGCCUGCUGGAGGCCCAGAUCGCCACGGGCGGCAUCAUUGACCCCGAGGAGAGCCACCGGCUGCCCGUGGAGGUGGCCUACAAGCGCGGCCUCUUUGACGAGGAGAUGAACGAGAUCCUGACCGACCCCUCAGAUGACACCAAGGGCUUUUUCGACCCCAACACGGAGGAGAACCUCACCUACCUGCAGCUGAUGGAGCGCUGCAUCACCGACCCCCAGACGGCCCUCUGCCUCCUGCCACUGAAGGAGAAGAAGCGGGAGCGGAAGACGUCCUCCAAGUCCUCCGUGCGCAAGCGCCGCGUGGUGAUCGUGGACCCUGAGACGGGCAAGGAGAUGUCGGUGUACGAGGCCUACCGCAAGGGCCUUAUCGACCACCAGACGUACCUGGAGCUGUCGGAGCAGGAGUGUGAGUGGGAGGAGAUCACCAUCUCCUCCUCGGAUGGUGUGGUCAAGUCCAUGAUCAUCGACCGCCGCUCCGGCCGCCAGUACGACAUCGAUGAGGCCAUCACCAAGAACCUCAUUGACCGCUCGGCGCUGGACCAGUACCGCGCCGGCACGCUCUCCAUCACUGAGUUCGCCGACAUGCUCUCGGGCAAUGCCAGCGGCUUCCGCUCCCGCUCAUCCUCCGUGGGGUCCUCCUCCUCCUAUCCCAUCAGCCCAGCCGUCUCCAGAACCCAGCUGGCCUCCUGGUCUGACCCCACUGAGGAGACGGGCCCCGUGGCUGGCAUCCUGGACACAGAGACGCUGGAGAAGGUGUCGAUCACAGAGGCCAUGCACCGGAACCUGGUGGACAACAUCACGGGGCAGCGGCUGCUGGAGGCGCAGGCCUGUACGGGGGGCAUCAUCGACCCCAACACCGGCGAGCGCUUCCCCGUCACCGACGCCGUCAACAAGGGCUUGGUGGACAAGAUCAUGGUGGACCGUAUCAACCUGGCCCAGAAGGCCUUCUGCGGCUUCGAGGACCCACGCACCAAGACCAAGAUGUCGGCCGCCCAGGCCCUGAAGAAGGGCUGGCUCUACUACGAGGCAGGCCAGCGCUUCCUGGAGGUGCAGUACCUGACGGGCGGCCUGAUCGAGCCCGACACGCCCGGCCGCGUUCCCCUGGACGAGGCCCUGCAGCGCGGCACGGUGGACGCCCGCACCGCCCAGAAGCUGCGUGACGUGGGCGCAUACUCCAAGUACCUCACCUGCCCCAAGACCAAGCUCAAGAUCUCCUACAAGGACGCGCUGGACCGCAGCAUGGUGGAGGACGGCACGGGGCUGCGGCUGCUGGAGGCUGCCGCCCAGUCCAGCAAAGGCUACUACAGCCCCUACAGCGUCAGCGGCUCCGGCUCCACGACCGGCUCCCGCACCGGCUCGCGCACUGGCUCCCGAGCCGGUUCCCGCCGGGGCAGCUUCGACGCCACUGGCUCUGGCUUCUCCAUGACCUUCUCUUCCUCCUCUUACUCCUCCUCGGGCUACGGCCGCCGCUAUGCCUCAGGGCCCACGUCUUCCGUGGGGGGCCCCGAGUCUGCUGCAGCCUGAAGACUGCCUGCCCCCCCCCCCACCUGCCCUCCUGCUCUGCAUGUGGCCAGGCUCCCCGCCCAGGCGCUGGCUUUCUUUGCUGUUUAAAGGUGUCUUCCUUCUAAGCGGUGCCUAAAGUUUAACCAAAAAGACCAGACUAAUAUAUUAAUAUAUACAUGCUGUCCAGACAGCCUAUGUCUUGGGGACAGGGCUGAUCCAGCCCCACUGACCAUCUCUCCCCCAGGCCCCUCCUCUUCUCUACCUGCCACUCACCACAGCCAGGUGCCUUGGAGGGUCCAGAGCCAGGCCCCCAACUUAGCCCUCCCUUCUUCCCAGGGAGGGAUCUACUUGGUGGAGGUCCCCUGCCUUUCAGGCCGGCCACACCCAACGACCAACCAAUCCUAGCUGCUUUGGGCGGCCUGUCACUAGCAGGGCUCUCAGGGCCUCCAUUUUUCAUCUGUUUCCAGAACUGACCUGCUGGCUCAGUGGGCCUUGCCAGGGACGGAGGGGACCUGGGCCAGCCAUCUCUUCCAGCCUGCCCAGAGAAGCCCCUCCCCCGUGGGAAGGUGAGGGUCCAGUCCGCAGAACCAGCCUGGGCCCAGGUCCUGCACAGCCCCUAACCCCCAACACUCUCCUGAGACCCCAGGCCUCUGGCUUCAGCCUUUUAGCCUCAGCUCCCUAGUAA